UUGCGCCGGGAGUAUAGGGAGCUUGAAAUACUAGAUGAAAUCACCCACUUGCGCUAUGAAGGAAAGCUAAAUCCUUCUGUUAUAGGAAAUACAAGGAACUUACUUAUUGAAUCCUUCUUAGCUUGGAAAGGAGCAAAUUAUGUACCAUCCCUAGUACACCCUGCUAUAAAAUGGUCUACUAGUGAUCCCUAUGUACUGCAAGAAAAUUCACUAACUACCUGGUCACUCAUUGACAAAAAAAAUUUUGCAAAAUUGAUAAAACAAAAG